AUGGCAAAUAAAUUUCAAGCAAUUGAAAUACCACCAUGUGUAAUGGAUCCACAGACCCAACUAUCCGAUGCCUUGGCUAGUAAAAAUAUUAAAGAAUUUCGUGUGGCCUUAGAUUUGGGUGCCGAUCCCUUGAGACUGGACAAUAAUCAUUCGUGUAUUUUCGAAAAGGCGCUGAGUAUGCCGGGCUGUGCCCAAUUUGUUGAGGAAUGUCUGCAAAAGGGUUGUAGUCCAAAUAAUCGCAAUCCCCAUUUGGUAAAAUAUGCCAUAAGUUUUGCAGCCGACUCGCAAGACCCCCAAAUUUUAAAGACCCUUCUAAAAUAUUCCAAUGUUAUGGUGGAUAAAAAAUAUCACGAGUUAACUCCCCUAAACUCAUUGGCCAAAAAUAUCAACAAUGAUAAUGUCAAUAAUGUCAAAGAAUGUAUGAAGUGUCUAUUGGACUAUGGUGCCUCACCGAACAUACCCAAUCAAUCCGACUUUACACCUCUCCAUUUUGUGGUGAGAAAUCGCAAAUUAGAUGACAUUAAGAAGCGUGAAAUUGUUGAAAUGUUUUUAUCCCAUGGCGAUAUUGAUUUGGAUACAUAUCGCGAGGGCGAAUUGAGAGAGAAGUUAAUGGAACUGUAUCCCGACAUGAAAUUGCCUGAGGUUCGCAGCACAACAGAAGUUACCAUGGAAAAACUGUUGUCGUACAUCAAAUGUGAUGAUACGGAAAAAUUCAAAGAACAAUUUCCACAAUAUCAACUGAACAUAUCGGAUAAGGAUAACUUGAAGAAUACCAUGAAGGAUGAAAAUCUACCACUGCUAUUGGAAGCCAUACGUAAGGGUCACAAUGAGGCAUUUGAUAUGAUAUUGGCGAGUGGGGUUAAUUAUAAUGCAGCGUUGAGGGGUAACCGUCCCAUGGAAGUGGCCACCAUUUAUGGCAACAGCCAUGCCCUGAGACGCCUUUUGGAAUUGGAGGAUUUGAAAAUGGGCGAUCAUGAUUAUCCCUUGAUUACCGUGAUACGUAAAAUGAACGAACAACCGGCCCAGGAAUAUUGUGAUUAUCGCAAAUGUUUCUAUACCCUAUUGGAAUCGGAUCGAAUUGAUAUCAACGAAAUGGAUAAGACCCGCUCGACACCCCUGCAUUAUGCUGUGAAAUAUCGUAACACCGAAGCCAUACGAGAACUAUUGAAACGUGGUGCCUAUAUUGGUGUGAAGAGUAAAUUCCAUGAACUGCCCAUCGACGGCAUGAGUCCAGAAUUGCUGGAGGAACAUUUCGAUCAUUGCAUUAGUUCAAAUGGUGCCCGUGCAGGUGAUGAAUCCUUUGAGAUUUUAAUUAAUUUUAUGAACUUGAUGCCUGAGAUGAGCGGUUCCAAGCCAAAGGCUAACCACCAACAUCUACGCGAAGAAAUGGCUCCGAUUGCCUUCAUAGCCAAAACUAAGGAAUUCCAGCAUUUGCUGCAACAUCCGCUGAUUACCAGCUUCCUAUUCCUCAAAUGGCAUCGCCUCUCGACGAUUUUCUACAUCAAUUUUCUGCUGUAUUUCUUCUUUGCCGUUUCCAUUGUGGCCCACACCGUUUUGAAAUGCAGUGAAAGUGAUUCGAAUGCGGCCACGGCGAUUUUUGGUCUCAUCUCAUGGGUGGGCAUUUUCUAUAUGAUAUUGCGUGAGGCAAUACAAUUUGUCAUGUCACCGAUACAUUAUUUCCGUUCGCCCACAAAUUAUAUGGAAGUGGUGCUCAUCGUUCUGGCCAUUAUAACAUGUAGUACAUCCAGCUAUGAUCUGCAGAAAGAGAGAAUAAUUCCCGUCCUUACCAUGCUUCUUAUUUCGGUGGAACUAUGUCUGCUCGUUGGCUCCCUUCCGGUGCUUUCCAUUUCCACGCAUAUGCUUAUGCUGAAGGCUGUCUGCAAAAGUUUCAUCAAAAGCUUCACGCUCUAUUCGAUCUUCGUCAUCACUUUCAGUUUGUGUUUCUAUAUUUUGUUCGGUAAACCACAGGUGGAUGCUGAUAAUAAACCUGUACCGCCCGAAGACGAUGAUUUCAAUAAAUUCUCCAAUCCCUUGGCAUCGAUGAUUAAAACCAUUGUCAUGUUAACGGGUGAAUUUGAUGCAGGCGAUCUUCAAUUCGAUUCCGUUUACAGCUACUUACUCUUCCUUCUCUUCGUCUUCCUGAUGACAAUUGUCCUGUUCAAUUUGCUCAAUGGCUUGGCUGUCAGCGAUACCCAAGCCAUUAAGGAUCAGGCGGAAUUGAACGGUGCCAUUUGCCGUACCCAAUUGUUGACACGUUACGAGGAAGUACUCACCGGUCGUUCGGAACGUUCCAGUUUUAUUGUCAACCAUGAGCCAUUCCGUUCGAUUUGUCGUCGCCUGAUGAAUCUCUAUCCCAAUUAUCGUCACAUUGCCAUAAUGCCAAAUGAUAGCAAUAAAAUUCUGAUACCCAUUGGUGACACCUACGAAAUGAAACCGCUGAAUGGCAAUUUGAGGAAGAACUCCUUCCAUCCCUUGCCCUCGAAUGAUAUGGACAAGGUGAAGAAACUUCUCGAUCCACCAGUACAAUUUUUGCCUUGUCUCUGUUCCUGCGUCACCAAUAAAUGUUCCGAAAUGGAUCGUCGUACUGUCAAAUUGGCCAUGGCUGUUUUGGAACAGAAAACCGUCAAAAUGGAAAAUCGCAAACGAUUGCAGGAUACCGAGAAUCGUCUGCGUAAUAUUGAAUGUAAAAUGGAUGAAGUAUUUAAUUUAUUGAAAGCCAUUAAAAAUGAUAUGAACUGA